AUGGAGCAAGUCAAGAAGGGAAAGCUUAUUAUAAUUAAAAGAGAUCCUCCUAAAAAUAGAACAUCGGAUGAUUACUCUGAGUUUAGGAAAAAAAUGGAUGAUCGUCGAAGAAAAGUAGGAAAAUUAUAUUCAUAUGUUGAAAAUUUUCUAAAUUCAUUUCCCAAACUUAAACGUCGUACAGAUAUCAUGCAUCUUGCAAUAAAGAUAAGCGAACGGCUACAUAUUCCUAUAGACAGAAAUGCAAAGAGAUUAAAUGAACCAUUAAUAUGCUGGUUCUGCGAAAAUUGGUUCCAAGUUUAUAAGUAUAUCCUACCAGUAUAUAUUGAAAUGUAUGCUCAACCAGAAACUCAAAAUUCAAAUGUGCAAAAUCUUGGAAAAGAUCAAGAUUUUCAAAGACUUGAUCAAGAGAUUCAAAAAAUCAUGCAAGAAAUUGGUGAUAUGGAUCAGUUUAAUUUAGAUGAAAAUAUCGAUAAAAUUACAAGAUCUGUAUCAAGUGAUAUUCCAAGCCAGAAUGAUCAAUAA